UCGUAAAUAAAACAAUUUAGCCUUGAUAGUGUUAUUUUAUGCUGUUGUCAAUUUUAAAAUCAAAUGCAAUGAGCACAAACCUGAAGAAUAUUAAAAUGGCGCACUUUGGCGGAGGUGGUAGCAGCCUUGGCUACACCAUGUCAGCAGGUAAGCUACUGUCACACAGUAGCAGCAGCAGCAGCAGCACCAUCACCCUUGGAAGCACCCUACUCGGUGGCAGCGCAGCUGCGGCGGCUGCUGUUUUGAGCCACAAAGCUGAGGUUGGUGUAUUGGAGGGGAUGGCAAUGCCAAGUGGUACUCCAAUACCAUUAAUACGACGUCGCGAGAUGCCGAAAACGCUGCCAGCUAUAGCAGCAGCGCUGCAGCGUCCCGCCGACGAGCACUUGGCAGCCGAGAAUCUGGACGCGGUGCAGCUGGAGCUAGAGCAAAUGCUAUCCAAUGUAGCGCUGCGUGCGCGUGUGCUAAAAGCCGAAUACGAUAGCCUGGACAGGGAUGAAAGACGACAGGAUCGACGCAGGUAUGAUCGUUUACCGCAAAGCUCGCCGCCCAUGCAGACCAGCUUGCUCAAUGGACUGCUUGGCUUGGGCAGCAGUAGCAACAGUAACGGUGGCCCCUAUGGCCUUUCACUAAGCGGCAUAGGCAGCCCGGCGGGCGGCAAACGUAAAAUGCGUGACGAUCCCACAGUUGUGCGCAAGAAGCAUAGCGCCGUGACUAUAACAAAGGCACAGAUGGCACAAAAGCAUCUGGCCAAGCAUAGUCCGCUUACAGAUGAUAGCAUGGAUUAUCUAACGCUUCCGACGCUGCAAAUAACGCAGCCACCGCCGCAGCCAGCGCAACAUACUGUGCAAGCGCCACCGCAGUUGCCGCCACAACCAAAGCUAGCGUUGCCCAAAAACGAUAUGCCCAACAAAUUUUGGUUAUCCGUCGAACCCUACUGCAUGCCGCUAACGAAUGAGGAUCUGCGCCUGCUGGAUGAUCUGCUGGAGCAAUAUCGUGGCCCGCUGGUGCCGCCGCUGCCAGUGCUGGGACCACAUUAUGCCACACAAUGGGCGCAAGAGGAUAUGAAAUCGCUGCAGCCCGGCAAUGGACGCCAGAAAUCCCAAGCAUCACAGAAUAUGCUGAAGAAGGCCGAUCAGCUGCUGGAUAAGAAUAUCACAGGACCACUGACACAGCGUUUGGUCUCCGCGCUGCUGGAGGAAUCAUUGCCCAGUGAGCAGGCAGCGGUGGCUGAGCAGAGCAGCAGCAGCAAUAGCAACAGUCACAGUCACAGCGCCGAGCACGGCUCCAGCUCCAGCAAGGAUAAAUAUGGUGCGCUUAACAUGCUCAAGCACGGCGUCGGCAUUGAGCAGCGUCUGAAGCGUGAGCUGCUGGAUAGCGGCAUAUUGCUUUCAAAUGAACUCAACCCACAUGACCAGGACAUUGAUGAAGUGCUGCUGGAAAUUAAACGCGUCACCUCGGAAAUUGGCAGCGUGGCUCAAUUCAAUGCCGAGGAACUGAAACGUCUGCGUGCUGCCGCCAACGAAGAAAUUAAGCGCAUUGAAGUCAAGCGUAAGUUGGAUACCAUUGAUCAGGAGAUUCUCGAGUGCUACAAGCGCAAUCUGCAGUAUCGUUCCAAGCGCAAGGCCCAUACGCUCGAGGAGAAGCAAGAGAUUCUGCGUUUGACCAACGAGCAGCGUUCGCUGUCCGAACAAUUGGAACAGAUGCAGGUGCUCACCCUUGCCAGCUCGAGCUCGUCUAUAGGUUUCAGCGAUGGAAAAUUGUAGGACAGGGGAUUAGCCUGGGGCUGGCGCCAGCUUCUGGCUCUGCAUCGGGCUGCCACAUCGGCUCUGCUCAUGCAUCAAUGGGAGCAAAGCCUCAACGACAACAAUCACUUGGAUUUGCCUUUGCAAUGUGCAUGAUGCACAGCUGUUAAUGAAUUGUGCACUCAUUAAAGAAUCAAGCGACCAACAUUUGUAUACACAAUCACUUAACCAACAAGCAAUAGUUAAAAGACCAACCAAACUUAAGUUAGAUUUAAUUUUUGCAUCGAUGCCUUUAAACACAAUAGUACUAAGCCAAUUGAAUCAAUUCAAGCAUUUGAAAUUAAUUGCAAAUGAAUUAUUUUUGUCACAUUUUAAAUGAAUUCAUUUAGUCAAGCAUUGUUGGCAAAUGAAUGAUCUUCCAAAAAAGAGUAGAAUGCAUUGAUUAAUUAUUUUGAACACAUAAAUACGCUUACAAAUGAAUUCAUUUUGUAGCAUUGCGAAUGAAUGCAAAUCUUAUUGAAUCAAUUGAUUAUAUACAAACACAUAUUAACAAAAAGAAAAAAAAGGAGUCACUACCAAUAUGUUAACAAAUGCACCUGCAGGUGCAAUCCAUAUGAUUCAACUCAUAUCGAUUCACCACUCACAUGAUUCACUGCAUCAUAUGAUAUAACAAUUCACAUGAUGCCCACAAAAGCAAUGAACAUUAUUUUUGUACUUGUAUAAACUGCCAUAUAAAUCAAAAAGUGAAUCAUUUGUUUACAGCUGACUGAUAAAUAGAGUUAUAGUGCAUAUAUGCCUUUGUCAGCCAAUAACUUAAUUAAAAAAAAAAUACUUACACACAAAGCGAAACACUUAGACAUAAAACUUUGUAAAUAGCUUAAGUCGGUCCCCUACCUUAAAUAAACUUUAAUUAGAUAAUUAUGGCAAAACGAACUUUAUGCUUCACCACCACCACCGCUACCGUUACCGUUCGGCUCAAGCGUCUAGAGCGCUCUAAAAACUUGGCCCAAAUGCGGGCCUAUAACCCGAGCAAGAGAGCAUAGAGCAGCGGAAGCUACAGCUAUUUACCGUUCGAUAAGCUUAAUUAAAAUUAAACAAUCUCGUGUAAAAGAAAUAAUGCGUGAAUUAUAUCCGCAUAUACAUAUAUUGCAUAUAUAUAGAGUAUAUAUGAAUGCCGUUAAUUGGGCACAUAUUGAUAUAUUUAUCUCAAGGCAAUUGUUAGAUUUUAAUCUGAAUAAAUGGGAGUUAUGACUUUAGAUUUUAAAACGCAUUUAACAAAAAUCAAAUACAAGCAAAUUAAAAGAAAUAAAGUUUUCCAAUACACUAUAUCGUAGCUUAAGUAAAAGAUAUA